GUUUAAGUUGUUAGAAACAGUGAUUUUUUUUUUGUGAGAGCAGUGAAGGAGCAAUCAGUUUGUUUGCUGUUUUGGUUACAGGACAGAUUAUAUCAUUCUUUCUGUAUGACAGGAUGUGGUGAAGUUCUGGAUAAGCAUUAAGAUGAAAUACUGCUCAGUAAAUGUGAGCUCAGCCACUUACAACCUGUAGCAACAAUAGCAAAUGUAUUUGUAAUAAAAUUUCAUUUAAGUAUGGCACAAUGUUGAUGUUCUUAAGUAGAGCACAUAUUGUUUGGACUUUUUGUUAAAGUGGUGUAACAAAUUAAUUAAAAUCCCUAGAUAAACAGGUUUCAUAUUAUCAUUAUGUGUAUUAUAUACACUCUAGCAAGUGUCCACAUAUAGGCUUAAAAUGUGGGUGUCUCUCAGGAAAUGACAGAGGACAGCCACAUACAAGAUAGACUAUUUCUGUCCUUCGCUUCUUACUGUACAUUCUUCUUUGGAAAUUGGUGUGGGUAACGGGUAGGAAAUGCAUGUGAAAUACUUUGUUCAGCUUUUAACAUUUUUUAGUGCCCUUGUGCCAAAUGUCUCAGGAUUAAAUUGCUCAGCAUCAUGUAGCAGCCUUACUCUCAACAUUCAGCUUGGCUCGGAAGUGUUGCUCCCAUGCACGCUUCUGAAAAGUAAAAAAACCAAAGAAGCCCGAUGGAGCCAAACUUCCAACCUCUUGAGCAUCAGGCCUGAUGGAAAUGUCAGUUUUGAGGAUCCCAGGGAUGGCAGAAUGACAGUAUUCCCCUUGCUGUUCAGCAGAGGAAAUUUCUCCAUCCUCAUUCAUCAGUUCCAGGCCUCUGACAUAGGCGUCUACUGCUGUGAGCUAAGCCAUGAGUGCCAGAAAGUUGAAAUAAAGCUCUCACAAAAUCCAGAAGGUCACAAAGGAGGUUUGAAUUUCCCAUGGUACUAUGUUGCUGGUGGAAUUGGAAUAUUUAUUCUGCUUCUGAUUGUAUUUAGUCUUAUCUAUAAAUUCAGAGAAAAUUGUCUAAAAAGGUCAUCUGAUUCUUAUUACAUCAACUCAGGACACAACCAAGAACAAAGGGAGGCAGAACAUAGAGAGCGUGUUGAGAGCACCAAGGUUGAUGAGUGUGAUGGUGAGUAUGAAGACAUAGAGAGUGAUUCACAUGAGGUGGAUUAUGAGAACACACUGGAAGAAGAGCAUGAUGGCCAGUAUGAAGAGCCAAUAAGUGAGGAGCAGGACGAGGAUUAUGUAAACACUGAGAGAAUAAAUUCUCAUGAUCAGUAUGACAAUACAGACAGUGAGUUCCCUGCUGAACACCAUAUGGAGAGAGAGAUGCAAGGUCACCAUGACAACAAAAGUAUCUAUGAAAAUGAUGAGCAUGAUCCCAAUCAAAAGUCAAAAUUCCCCACAGAAGCAGCAGCAGCAGCAUUCAAAAGAAAGCCAAAUCAGCAGCAAAAUUCAGAAGGACUAUACUAUGCCAAUCAGUCAGAGAUACGCAAGUCUGGCUGUGCUGGGAACAGAAACAAAAAAGGAGAUUAUCAGUUCAAAAAUCCAUUAUAUGGCCAAAUUCCAGCACAGAAUAAAUAGUCAUCUUCCAACUCAUUGAAAAUAUACCUAUUUAAGUUAAAGUAUUGUAAUAUUCUGUUAAUUAUUUUUAUUUUUUAUUGUUAAUUAUUGUUAUUUGUGAAUUAAUACGUAAGAAAAUAGUCCAAAUGGCUACAUGGUUCUGGUUUAUACUAUGUAAAGAUGUCUGAGGUUAUGUAUGAGUGGGAUUUCUUUCAUCGGUUAUCAGACUUAAUCAUCAUCAGUUAUAUACUUUUGAUAUAUUUUUCUUGUAAUAAGUAAGAAAAGUAAUUUCAAUUAAUAUAUAAAUAGUCCUUAGCGCUUUCUUUUGAUUCUGAUGACUAUGUAUGUGUUGAGUUUCUGACUAAUGCGGAAUUAAUUUAUAAAAGGUAUAAAAAG